AUGUCAAAUUCCAGAUAUGCGCAACUAGAGGGCAACAACGAUCAAAGGCUCGAUGAGUUAGCAAAUAAGCUCUCGACGUUUAGAAGAGUGAAUCAGGAGAUUGGAGACGAAGCGCGUGCAGAUUCCUCUGUGAUGGACCAACUCCAAAACCAGUUCAGCUCCUUAAUGGUGAACGUCAAAAACUCAUCGUCAAGGCUAACACGUUCGAUGAAUGCCGGUAAUAACAUCUGGAGAAUGGUGGGGCUAGCACUGUUAUUGUUUUUUAUUAUGUACGCUUUAUUCAAACUAUUUUAA